UGCCCCGAAUCCUGUGGCUUGUAAAGGUGAGCGGGCAUGGGGAUGCUAAAUGGAUAAAAUAAGCUUCCUGGGAUUCCCCGAACUCAGCGGCUUUCAAUAGCCCCCUCCAGGGCAACAAGCCCACCCUGGCAGACAGACCUAACCCCCACCAGGACAAGAGCAAUCCCAGGGGGGAAUGGGCUGACUGUGCCUGGUAGGGGGGAGAUCGCUAUCUUGAUCACACACCUAUUCCUGUUCUUGACCCACGACAUACCAUGCCCACAGGUAGUAUCUCUUCCAGGCAGGCCAGAAAGACGCACAACCUCCAGCCCUCUGACAGAAGCUCUCUGCCUCUCACAGGGAACCCCAGUCACACUGGUUCCCCUCCUCACAAUCUGUCCCCAUCUCCCCAAAUCCCUGUUCCCCACAGGACCUGGAACCCUCUUCCCUGCCCCAACUUUCCCUCCACUGCCCCCAAGACCUCACUUUCUCUGGAGCCCAACAGUCCUAUCCCUUACGCAGACUGUUGGGCAUCGUGGUGAUACAUGUGGGCUGUGGAGUCAGAUUGCCUGGGUUCAAACCCUGACUCUAGUGUCUUCUGACUGGGUGAUCCCAGGCCAGUUGUUUUAUUUCUGUGCCUCAGUUUUC